AUGGGUAUGGCGGGUAUCCAAGAAAAUGGGGAUGGGGAGAUGGGAUUGGGUGGUGUGCCUUUGGGAGCCAAGAGUAAGUAUAGAAGAAUGGAUUCGGAGUUGACUGAUUAUGAUGGGGAUUCUGAGCAGCAUCAUCAGUUGGACAACAAGAGGAACAGUACAAGGAAAUAUGUGUUUGCUUGUGCAGUUUUUGCCUCUCUCAAUAAUGUCCUACUUGGCUAUGAUGUUGGCGUGAUGAGUGGAGCAAUCAUAUUUAUUAAAGAAGAUUUAAAGAUAAGUGAGGUUCAACAGGAAGUUCUUGUUGGUAUUUUGAGUGUGAUUUCUCUAUUGGGUAGUUUAGGUGGUGGAAGAGCAUCAGAUGUACUUGGUAGAAAAUGGACUAUGGGCUUAGCCGCUAUUGUGUUUCAAGCAGGUGCAGUUGUGAUGACUCUUGCUCCUACAUUUCGAUUAUUAAUGGUCGGGAGAAUCUUGGCCGGUGUUGGAAUUGGCCUCGGGGUCAUGAUUACACCAGUAUACAUAGCUGAGAUAUCGCCAACAGUUGCCAGAGGCACAUUGACAUCAUUUCCUGAAAUUUUCAUAAAUGCCGGGAUCCUACUUGGGUAUGUCUCAAAUUAUGCAUUUUCUGGUCUUCCAACACACAUAAACUGGAGAAUAAUGCUUGCAGUGGGAAUUCUGCCUUCAGUCUUCAUUGCAUUUGCAUUAUGCAUAAUCCCUGAAUCUCCUAGGUGGUUAGUUAUGAAAAACAGAAUAGACGAAGCAAGGUCAGUACUUUUAAAAACGAAUGAUGAAGAGUCCGAGGUUGAGGAAAGACUUGCAGAAAUACAAUUAGCUGCCGUGGUGAAUCAUGGUGAGAAAGCUGUAUGGCGUGAACUGUUGAGUCCUUCUCCCGCACUUCGAAGAAUGCUCAUUGCUGGUUUCGGUAUACAGUGCUUUCAACAAAUUACGGGUAUUGAUGCAACUGUUUAUUACAGUCCCGAGAUUUUUAGAGCAGCUGGCCUUGACGGUAAUUCAAAACUUCUUGCUGCCACUGUUACAGUUGGAGUCACGAAGACCGUGUUUAUACUAGUUGCUAUUGUACUUAUUGAUAAAGCUGGAAGAAAGCCAUUGCUCUACGUUAGCACGAUUGGCAUGACAAUCUGCUUGUUUGGCGUGGGUCUUUCUCUCUCUCUAUUCGGUGAAGGAUCAUUAGGAAUUGCAUUGACAAUCUUGUUUGUUUGUGGAAAUGUAGCCUUCUUUUCUGUGGGAAUUGGUCCUAUUUGCUGGGUCUUGACGUCUGAAAUCUUCCCUUUAAAGGUUCGUGCUCAGGCAUCUGCACUUGGGGCAGUGGGGAAUAGAGUAUGCAGUGGCUUAAUAGCCAUGUCCUUCCUCUCCGUUUCCCAAGCAAUCACAACGGGCGGAACCUUUUUUAUCUUUUCAGCUGUUUCAGUACUCGCCGUUGUCUUUGUUUACAAAUGCAUUCCAGAAACAAAAGGUAAAUCCCUAGAGCAGAUCGAAUCAUUGUUUCAAAGUGAAUAUGAGAUGCCAGCAGGUGAACUUCAGCUCGGAGAUGUUGAACAUUUGGUGCAGAAAUGA